CUUUUCGGACGUUGGACCGAGGCUAAAAAAGAAAAAUAAAAAAGAAGACAAAAAAAAUAAUAAUAUAUAUAACAGAAGGAGGAAAAAAGAUAUAUUGUUAUUAUACUUGCCACCUGUAUCAGUAUGACGAUGGCUCUCGUUACUGAUAAUAAUACCAUUAUGGAAAGUGUUGUGAAGGAAAAAAUCUUGUCACGUCAGAAAAGAUAUUUGACGUUUCCUGAAGGUAGCAAUUUACAGUUGGUUUAUUGCCUGACCAUAGGAACAUUUCCAAGACCAGCUGAUAUGGUUGUUGGAAUGACUAUUGCUCUUGCUUGGCAACUGCCUAGUAAAAUAGAUAAAAAAAUAACAACAUUGCUUCAUCGCCAGAGCCGUAGUAUUGCAUUUCCAAAGAUUGAAGCAUUUCUACAGUCGAUUGGUCUUGAUGGAAAAUCCUGUGUCAUGAGAGCUCUUUGUGAAGCUGGCCAACGAAAAGACACAGAUGUUGGUAAAGGAACAUUUAUUCAAGAGCUUUUACAUUCAAUUUUUAGGCUACGUAAUGAUGGUACAAAAUUUGAAAAACAAAAACAUAAAAUUUAUGAUUAUGUACAUAAUUUAAAAAAUAAUAAUUGUGCUGAAGAAUAUCCAACUUGUCAACACUCAAUUUACGAACUUGACUUUUAACACUCAAGUUUUGGUAAACCAUUAAGUAAUCUCUAUUGGCUGUAACAAAGUUUUUUCCUCAACUUGUUAAAAAGUU